AUGACCAGUUCAUCUAAACCUGCUGGUUAUUCUCGAUCGGACUAUCAAUCCAAUUCAUUCUCUUCCACCGGUUUCAUCAUGCCUGGCCCUCAGAACCCCCGCAUUCCCAUGGACAGCAACAUCAACUCCCAAGCUCAACAACAACACCAACCUCCAAACCCAUCCAUGUUUGAUACCUCUUCGCCCAUCUCGAUCGACUUCAAUUUCCCUUUCACUGGGAGUCCUCAUGGGAGUAGCAAUAGUGGAAUCGAUGCCCCGCCAGACAUUCGAUUAAGUCAUGCGCAAAGUUUCCCCAAUCGAGCUCCUCCCCAGGAUCCAAAUCGAUACGCUUCUGGAAGAGUACCCAGUCCUCAACACCGUGCCAGUCUCGCAAGUAUCGAUUCUGCAUUCGAUCAUGACAUUUUCGGACCUUCUACCAUGAAUCAAUGGACGCCUACAAAUUCAGCCAAUCAAGCAGUGAGUAAUUCUGAUUCCUCGCCAAGGAAAGCGGCCAGCACCACAGACCAGGACAAAAAGUUACCCAUCGACGACGAGAAGCCACCAGCAUGGAGCGAAUUGAAGACGAAAGCAGGCAAGGAGAGGAAGCGUCUCCCGUUGGCGUGUAUUGCCUGUCGACGCAAGAAAAUCCGAUGCUCGGGAGAAAAGCCCGCGUGCAAGCACUGUCUUCGUGCCCGAAUCCCAUGUGUCUACAAAGUCACGACUCGAAAAGCCGCACCCAGAACGGAUUACAUGGCGAUGCUGGACAAGCGACUAAAACGUAUGGAAGACCGCGUGAUUCGCGUGAUUCCAAAGGACGAACUUCCCGAUCUGAGCACCACAGGCCGUGCCUCCGUCCGACCACCAUUGCCGGGACAAGCGCCCAAGAAAGAAAAGGAUCAGGCCAAAAAGCGUUCCGCCGACGAGGCUUUCACCCAAGAACUGAGCGACUGGAGAACAUCCAAGGAGAAGUCCACCCUCCUCGAUCCGACAGCCGGACUCCGCAAACAGCGCGAGGGAGAGAACAAACUCUUCAUCGAGGGCUCCGAAUCCCUCCCACCCCAACAUAUCCAAGAACACCUCGCCGAGGUCUUCUUCGACUGCGUCUACGGACAGUCAUAUCUCCUGCUCCACAAACCGAGUUUCAUGCGCAAGUUGAAGGCGGGCACGAUCCCACCCGUCUUGAUCCUCGCCGUCUGCGCCAUCUCGGCGCGCUUCUCGACACACCCGCAGGUCAGCACGGAGCCAGCCUUCCUCCGCGGUGAGCAAUGGGCGACACCCGCCCGUCGGAUCGUCGAGAAACGCCACUACGAACCGAACAUCACCAUCCUCACCGCCAUGCUGAUGCUGGGGCUGCACUAUUUCGGCACUUGCGAAGGCGGCCUGUCGUGGUCGUUCGGCGGCCAAGCCAUGCGCAUGGGAUACGCACUGCAGCUGCACCGCGAGCUCGACCACGACCCACUGGGCCGCAACCAGAUCGCCAACUCGAGCGACUCGAGCAAAAAAGGCGGUCCCAAACCACCCGAGCUAUCCUUUACCGACCGCGAGAUCCGCCGCCGCACCAUGUGGGCCUGCUACCUGAUGGACACUUUCAACUCGUCCGGGACGGAGCGGCCCUCGUUCCUCAACGAAGACUACUAUCAGAUCCAGCUGCCGAUUAAAGAAUCUCACUUCCAGAUGGAAGUGCCGGGCCCGACGGAGGACCUGCACGGGAACGUACCGCUGACGAACAAGAAGUCGCUGGAGGCCGGGCUCAACAACGACGUGGCCAUUGAAGCCAAAGCCAACAUGGGCGUCGCCGCGUACAUCGUGCGGGGCGUGGUGCUGUGGAAGCGCAUCGUCAAGUACCUGAACCUGGGCGGCAAGGAGAAAGACCCGCACUCGAUCUGGGACCCGCUGUCGCAGUUCGCCACGCUGCAGCGCCAGAUCCAACAGCUCAAGUCCUCCCUGCCGGACCACAUGGCCAACACGCCGGAAAACCUCGCCACCCACGUCUCGGAACGCCUCGCCAACCAGUUCAUCUUCCUGCACAUCGUGCUCGCGCAGGCCUCGCUGUUCCUGCACCGCUUCGCCAUCCCAACCACCCCAUCGCACCGGCCGCACCAACACCACCAAGCCUUCACCGCGGCGGGGAUGCCGAAACCGUUCCUGACCAACUCGGCCAACACCGUGAUCGAGUCGGCGGCGCUGAUCUCGAAGCUGAUCUCGGAGUCGACGGGCCACACGAUGACGGUACCGUUCGCGGGCUACUGCGCGUACGCGGCGGCGACGGUGCACGUAUGGGGCAUCUUCAGCAAGAAUGCCAGCCUCGAGGCGUCCAGCAAGGAGAACCUGCGCCACAACUACAAGUACCUGACGCGCAUGAAGCGCUACUGGGGCAUGUUCCACUACAUGGCCGAAAGCGUCAAGGACAUCUACCGCGCGUUUGCCGACGUCUCGUCGCGCGUCGCCGCGGCCCACCACCACCACCACUCACAGUCUGCCCGUCCCAUCUCCUCCGGACAACAACACCCGGGCUCGUCACUGCUGCUGCGCCGGCCGUCGGGCGCGGGCGGGACACACACGCCGCUGAUCCCGAUGGAUCUGGACGGCCUGCCCAUGUCUGGGACGGGGUCGCACGACCGCACGGCGUCGUCGACGAAUCCGCCGUCGCGCAGCGAGACACCCGGGCUGGGCGGCGACAAGGCCGGUGGCGGCCACGGCGCGUCGUCGUCGUCCGGGUCCAGUAAAGCCAUGUUCCAGUAUGGGGACUGGUUCGACAAGUACCCGCAUGGCGUCAGUGAGAGUGAGUGGGAGAAGUCGCAUCUCGAGUAUCGGCGUGAGGCCGGCACGGCCGAUGCCGUCAUGUCGCAGCGCAGUGAUCUGCAGAGUGUCGAAGAGUUCUUUGCCAGUUUGAGCCCGCCGAGUAAAGGUGAGGAUGGCGUUGGUGGAGCAGGAUCUGGAGCUGGUGGAAGGGGGAAGAAGGUUGCGAGGCGGAGGGGGAAGAGCGUUGCAGAGAACAAGAAAGGUUCGAAUGCUACAGCCAGUGCGAGUGCCACUGCUACAGGGACAGGAACAGGAGUGGUUGGAAAUGUUGGCACUGCUUCUGGUGCAGGUGCUACAGCCACUGUGAGCGGAGGUCUUUCGUUGGACACUCAACGUCAACAGCAAGCCCAGCAAUCACAACCAGGACUACAUAUUCCAGGCACGACACCGACCGGACCCGACCCCAACCUCAAUCUAACACAUCCGUUCAAUCCAUCCGACUUCGAUAUCACAUCGCCCACGUUAUACCAUACCCCUCAAUUCCCAGGAGGCCAACAAGUACCAGGACAUGCCUCGUCCAACGACCCUUACAAUUAUCACGCUGCGGGGUUCCCUUUUGUAUCUUCACUACCCGAAAUCGAUCGACAAAUGGUCUUCGGGGCAUAUGCCGGGCUGGACCCUUCGGUCGCUUCGACGCAUGGAACAGGUGCCCUCAACGACAAUUCUCCAUCGAUGGGCCAAUUCGGAGCAAGUAACCCAUGGGAAGGAUUGGAUAUGGGAGGGUUCGGAGGAUAUGGAGAUAUGCAUGGUGGAAUGAUGGACACAGGAUCGUCCGCAUGGUUGCUUCCAUUCAAUAUUGAGCCUCCCAGUUAUGGUAACCUGGAGGAUUAUGGUGGAAGCGCAUUAGAUGGAAUGGAUCUCGGAGACCUCGCGGGACCGACUGCUGGUGGAACAACAGGUAGUGAAGUUGGCGGCUUCGGAGAGCAGUCGUAA